ACUUUUGACCACGACUGUAUAUAAGGCAAUGCUGAUGUAAAAAAAAAGACAAAGUCAACCUAAAAAAUUGCAAUUAAAGUGAACAUGAGGUUGCCUAACACUCACUCUUCAGUCCAACUGUAUCCAAAUUCAGUUCACUUGAGUGAGUAGCAGGCCUCCAUGACAGUAUUAUGUGCCUGUGCCAUGUAUCUGGCUACAGAAAAGACAGGUGAGCUCGCGGUCUAUUUAUGUCCUCUACGGACACCGUAGGAUUCUUUAAUGCUCAUAUGACCACGCGCUUCUCCCAUCCUUUGUUGUCGCGGAAGUAAAACACCAUCAGUGGUAGCUAGCAAAAGUGGUUAACAGUUAACUGAAGCCGUUUACCUUUGAAAAAAUGUAUACUUAACUGGGUGUGUCUCCCAUAGGACACGAACGCAAUAGCAGCUGUGUCUGACUUCCAUGGAACCAGCUGUCUCUGGUAGCUAGCUAGCUAUUGUCUUUUCCGACUGAACAUUAUCUUUAGAAACAUAACACUAGUCAGAUAAAAUGUUGUUCCAGGAGAAUAUAACCAAUUGUGUUACUUUUCAGACCAAGUUAACCUCGGUUAUGGAUGUGUUAGCCAAAGCUGCAGUUGCAGAAAUAAGUAAAAUGUUCGAUGAUGGGUUUGCUGUUUUACGCUUAGAAAUGUGUCGUAGAGAAAAUGAAAUCGAAACGUUGAAACGGAAAUUAUUGUUUAUGGAGAACGAACGGCAAACGACGACGUCCAAAGCGCGAGAGGCAGGCUGUUCUUCCACAUGCCCUUUGUCUUCCACCAGAACAGAGCAGGGGUCCAAGGGGUCUGAUAAGGGUGCUGGUGAAAGGACUUCAUUUGAGCAGACCGCCAGAGACAAAGUUUUCACACCUAAAGAUGACCAACUGGAUGAAAAUAGACCACAGCCACUUGCAGAAGUAGAGGGGCUCAAUGAACAGGACAGGUCUGGCCACAGAGAUCAGAAGGGUAGUGGACUAGAAUUAGUGGUGAAGACAGAGCAAGAGGAGGAGUAUGACGUUAUUUCACUACAUACAUCAGGAAGUGAACAUGGCACAGAGAGAUCAGAUCAUCAGGAAACUGAGUUUGCCAUGAAUGACCGAGAGAGUCAGCUGUGGGCGUCUGUAUCAGAGAGCAACUUUGACUCUGAGGGUCCAGAUUGCUCUUAUGGUACAGAACAAUAUACACAGGAUCUCAAUACAGACAUACAGCUUAUUCAAAGUGCUGUGCAGGGUCUGGAUAGCGAUCCAUCAUCAGAGAUGGGGUACAUUAACAGACUAAUGAAAGAAGAGAUGCGAGCACAGUCUGUUUGGAAUCACCGAAGUAGGACCCCUACAGAUUUGGUUCAGGCACAACCAGGUCAGCACAGAGAGCAAACUAUGCACCCAGAGAGAAGGGAGGAUGGAACAACUACCAGAGUGCUGUCAGACAAACAAACGCGAGCCAAUGAGGGUGGAGCAUAUUCCAACGUUUGGCUAAACAACGUAUUCUCGUUUGCCCCAAAUGGUUUCAACUCCGCAAAAGUAGCCCCACGGGGAACCCCAGCAGGAGAGAAGCGCUUUGUUUGCACCUACUGCGGAAAGAGCUUUGACUGGGUCAGCCACUUGGAGAUGCAUCAACGGAUUCAUACAGGAGAGAAACCGUACAACUGUGUGACAUGUGGGAGGAGUUUUGCUCAGCAGAGUAAUCUCCGCACACACCAGCGAGUACACAGGGGCCUCAGAACAACGCAAACAGUCUACUGAUGGUUAUAAUAAUAAUAUGCCAUUUAGCAGACGCUUUUAUCCAAAGCGACUUACAGUCAUGCGUGCAUAAAUUUUUG